AUGGGCCUCGUCGACUACUCCGAAUCCGAUUCAGGCUCCGAGGCGGAAGCUCCUCCCAAGCCCGCGCCAAAGCCAUCGCAGGGCACGUCGAAAAAGGCCUUCCAGAAAGUGGUCGACCGUUCCAAUCCAGGCAAAAUCUUGGUCAGUUUGCCAGAGACCACCAGCUCCAGCAAGUCGGACGAGCCACCAACGAAACGCGCCCGGACGACAGGAGGAGGGCUAUUUUCCGGACUCAACUCGCUCCUACCACCGCCCAAAAAUGCAGGGAAGCCCAUAUCUAAACCGUCUGCCAGCGCGCCACCAAGGCCGGGCAUCAACCUGAAGACGAGCGCAGCACCGGGCUUCAGUCGCGAUGCUGACGAGGAUAUGUCGGAUACGGCGAGCGAUGUAUUGUCUGCGCCGUCGGAGGGGAUGAAGCUACCACCGCCCAAGAAACAAGAUGUCGCGCCGAGUAUACCAGAAGGCCAGAAACCAGCCGAUGAGGUGAAGCUGGUCGGGAAACCACUCAUGUUCCGGCCAUUAUCAGUAGGCAUCAACACCAAGAAGAAGAAGAAUAAAUCAAAUUCCAUCCCAAAUGCGACACCACAAACACCACCAACUCAACCAGACGCAAACGGCGCAGCAACAGCUUCAGCUGCUCCGGCGGAAGCACCAAGGAAAAAAAUUUCCCUAUUCUCUGUUCACACCGAAGAACCAUCAGACCCUACACCAUCCUUCUCAGCCGGCACCUACGAACCUCUCUUUGAACCCGCAUAUCAACCAGACGCACAGGCUACCACCAUGUACUCAGACUCGGCGCAGUAUCAAACCGCUACCACCAACUCAUCCAGCAACCCCGAGUCCCUAGACACCGUUGCUGAUGAUCUAAAUCUCUCCGCAGCAGCGAGGAGAGAGCUCUUUGGUCGUGACGGGAGUGGCUUUGCAGUCAAGAAAGUGGUCAACUUCAACAUGGACAAGGAGUACCAGUACAACGAGAGUGUCCGCGCAGCAGGCGACCAGCAGGCUCACAGGACCGUUCGCUCCAUACAGGGCGGUGGCAAACAUUCCCUCAAGCAAUUGGUGCAGAAUGUGCAGAAUCAACGGGAGGCAUUGGAGGAUAGCUUUGCAACAGCCAAAAGCAACAAGAAGGCGACGAGCAGCAAGUACGGCUGGUAG